AGUCGAAGAAGAAGCUCACAGCAGUCUGCUCAAGCGUUUGAAAGGAACAAGCCAACUAAAAGAAGCAAGAACGCAAUGUCUCGCAUCAGGAACAGGCGCGGCUCGGAGGAGAGCCUGGCGUCGGCCGACGACUCCAUCGACGAGACGCGCAGCGUGAUGUCCUUCAUCCUGUCGCGGCUGCCCGAACACGCCUCCGUCCCGGGGAUCGCUGCCGCCGGCGCUGCGACAGCGCUCAGCUCUGGCGGGAUUCCGUCGCCGCUGGCGGAUGGUUCCAACGGAGACGGCAACACGCUGUCCCUGCCUGCCACGUACCCCGUGGAGGUGCGCAAGCUUCAGAUCCCGUGGGCCGCCGUGGCUGCCCGCCUCCCGCUUAUGCUCAAGAUCCUGGUACUGGUCGCCGCGCAUGCGCUCCUGAUAUUCGCGUUCCUGGAAACCGGAUGGGACCGCAAGGCGCCGUGGUGCCAGGGCUCGGGCUUUUUGCUCCUGCUGCUGCUGUUCCUGGACAUAUGGCUGUGGUUCAGGCUCUUCUUAUACUUGGUACCCCGCAAAAAGAUGGCCGCCAUUAAUGAAAGCGCCAAGAAACGGACGUUGUGGCUCAGCGAUUGCAAAUGGAUAGCCAGGGCUACCUGGGUCGUGGUGUGGGUCUCCGUGCUUCUGUUUGUCGCCAUCGACUCGCGACUGCACCGGCCCCGCGUAAAGGCCAGUUUCGGAAUGCUUCUUCUGGUCGGCUUCGGAUACGUCUUCUCCAAGAACCGCAGCAAGAUUAAGUGGCGCCCCGUGCUGAGCGGCUUCCUGCUCCAGUUUGUGCUGGGCCUGCUUCUGCUGCGCUGGAAGAUUGGCCGACGCGCCUUGCUCUGCCUCGCCGACAAGAUCAACGCGGUUAUCGCGUUCGCCAGCCACGGGGCGCGCUUCGUGUUCGGCUACCUGGCCACGGGGCAGCUGGACGGGGACGGUCUGCCACAGCAGAAGCCCGUGCUUGCGCUCAGUGUGCUGUCGGCCGCGGUGUUUUUUGGCAUGGUAGUGUCACUGCUGUGUCACUACGGGCUGCUGCAGUGCCUCGCACUCAAAGUGGGCCGCCUCAUGGCCUUCGUGCUGGGCACUACCACUUGCGAGUCCUACUGUGCAGCCAGCAACGUGUUCCUCGGCAUGGCUGACUCGGUGCUGCUGAUAAAGCCGUGCCUGACGCAGCUGACCAUGUCCGAAAUCCACUGCGUCAUGACUUGCGGCUUCGCCACCAUAUCGGGAAGCCUCUUCGCCGUCUUCACGACCUUCGGCGUCAAGGCUGAGGACAUGAUCGCCGCUUCCCUGAUGUCGGCACCGGCGGCGCUUGGAUUUGCCAAGCUUUUCUACCCAGAGACAGAGGAGAGCCGCACCGGCCUUGAGAAGAUCAGCGACCCCCGUAAAAGCCGUCCGGGCUGCACCCUGCUGGAGUCCGUGGCGUACGGCCUAUCGGCGCAGCUGCGGGUGGCGGCACACGUAGUGGCCUCGCUGAUGGGAUUUCUGUCCUUCAUGGCGCUGAUCGACUCCCUGCUCGCCUCCCUCGGCUCCCUCGUAGGAUGGCAGUUCGUCACGCUCAACUGGUUGUUGGGCCGGCUGUUCGUGCCGCUGGCGCUCGCCAUGGGCGUCGGGCUUCACGAGUGUUCGCGGGUCGCCUCCCUGCUUGGUCUGAAGGCCGCUCUGAACGAGGUCGUGGCCUACAGUAAGAUGUGCGAGCUGGCACGAGACGGCCAGCUAUCCCUGCGCUCCCAGAUGCUGUGCGCGCACGCGCUGUGCGGCUUCUCGAACCUCGGUGCCCUGGGCGUACAGCUGGGCGCAUACGCCGUCCUGGCCCCGGAGCGCCUCUCCGACUGCUCGCGCGUAGCUGGACGCGCGCUGAUCGCCGGGUCGCUGGCGUGCUUCAUGACCGCCUGCACUGCCGGAGCGCUGACGGAUACUGCAGCCUACGAUGUCCCAACGGCCUUCAAUAGCUACGACUUUCUUUAGAAGGCAGCAAUAAAAAACUGAGCAGGAUAUAUUUCUGCCACAUCAAGGAA